AUGAUAACUGAUUAAGCUAAAAUAUGUUCAGAAUCUAUGAGUUAAACAAUUCAAUUUGGAAGUAAUUCUCUCGCUUUAAGAUUAGAAAACAGCAAUGAAGAUGAUAAUGCAGAUAUGAGGAGAGGAAGUGUUUUUAGAAGAGCAUAUUACGAGAAAUAAAACAGCUGUAAUGGAUUUAACAAAAUUAACAUGAGGAAAGAAGAUGAUUCUUAAGAGCUAGAUAGCUAAUAGUUAUAUUAAGAUUAGCCAUCAAGAAAUAGUCCUUAAUAAAAUUAAAAACCUAAAGAAAUAAAAGAGAGUUAAAUUUGUAACACCAAGACUAUAUAGUAUUUUAAAGAAAAUGACACUGAAUUUGAUUAAGUACAUUUUUCACAAAAUGUUGAGUUUUUAAAUAACAGUAGUAGAUCUAUUUAAAGUUCUUUAGGAAAUGAAAAUAUAUAAUAAAAAAAUACUUUAUAAAAUUAAGAUAAAAAUAUGCUGCAUAUACACACCAAUUAUUUUGAAGAAAAUACUGAAAAUGUUACAAAUACUUAGUAUGAAAACUUUUCAUAAUUUUUACACAAAAAUCAAAUAAAUCUACUAAAAUAUAAUAACCGCUAAAUUGAAACAUAUGAAAACUCAUAAUCUUCAUAGACGAAUAAAAGCUUAAAUAUUCAUAAUAUUAUAAUUUAAUAUUAAAAAAAUCGUAAAGAAACUAAGGGUGAAACGGAAAAUAUGGAUUAGACUGUUGUUAUUUACAAGUCAAAUUUCUUAAAAAGAAUAUACUUUGUUCUUAAAUUCUUAAAAAAAAUUAAAUUUAAUGUUUUAUUUAGAAGCAUUGGUCAUAUUUAAAAUGGUUUUUCUGAUCUUAUCGAUGACCAAGCCUCCCAUUUUGAUAGUACAAAAGACAAGCCAUAUUUACUUCUUAAAUUAGAAUAUAUUUUAAGCAAAAUUUAAGUAUUUUAGUAAGAUAGCUUUGGAAUCAUAAUAUGGGAGUUUAUUUAGUUCAUAACAAUUCUUCUUCAAUCAACUUGGAUACCUAUGAACAAAAUUUUCCAUAUAAAAUAAUAAAAUUUCGAUGAUUCCCUUUUUUAAUUUUCCUCCAUUAUUUUUUCUUUUUCUAUCUUAGUAAGAUUUAACACUUCAGUAUACUUCUAAGGAAAUUUAGCUAUUGAUAGAAAAGAAAUAGCAAAAAGAUAUUUAAAGACAAGCUUUAUGUUAGAUUUCUCUACUACAUUCAUUUUAAUAAUAUCCAGUUAUAUCAAUGACUCAACAGUUUUACCACUUGUUAUUUUGAGACUUUACUAGCUGCCAUCAAUAGAAAAAAAAAUUAAGACAGCUUUGAUCAUGAGACAGAAAAUGUUUAAAGCUGAGUAUGAACUUAUCAAAUUAAUAGGACUACUUCUUUUAGUAGCACAUUUUAUAGCUUGUGGAUUUUUUUAUGUAGGAACCACAGGCUUAGGGGAAGAAAAUUGGAUCAAUAAAAAUAAUUUAUAAAAUAAAGAAUGGACAAUUUAAUAUUUAAAUAGCAUAUAUUUCUCUGUAAUAACUAUGAUUACAAUUGGGUAUGGAGACAUAACUCCUAUUAGUCCAUAAGAAAAAAUUUAUGUUAUGAGUAUAACAUUUAUUGGUUCUGGAUUAUUUGCAUAUUCUAUUAAUGCUAUUGGAGAAAUAAUUAGAUCUAAUUUUCAAGAAUAAGAGUCUUUCUUGAUUUAGUAGCAAGAUGUAUUAAAUUAUCUUCAGAAAAGACAAAUUAGUAAAUAAUUAAUGCUUAAAGUAAUAAAAUAGCUUGAGUACAUAAACAAGCAUGAGAAAUAUUAGAGAGGCGAAUAUGCUUUAUAAAAGCUAAAUGAACCACUUCAAAAUGAAGUAAAGACUUAGUUUUAUGGAAAAAUUAUUAAAUCAAAUAAAUUGUUUUCUAAGCUUUUCUCUACUUAGUUUUUGAAUAAGAUGUCUCUAAUUAUGAAAGACGUUUAGCUUUAUCCUAAUGAAGUUGUCAUAAAAAAAGGAGAAGUAAGCAAUAAAAUUUUCUUUAUUUAUAGAGGACAGAUAAAUCAAGUAUUUGAAAGAGAUUUAAAUGAUCACACAAUCUAUGCCUUAAAAGCAGGAAGUUUAAUAAACUUGAGAUAAUUUAUAUUGUAAAAAUAGUCUGAUAACACAUUUAAAAGUGCAAAUAUCUGUACAGUUGUUUACUGCGAGUAUAAUUAAUUUAAAGACCUACUCUCUUCUUUUAAGGAAGAUCAUGAGACUUUUUACAAGCUAAAAGAUAUUUUACUGUAAGAUAUUUCAAAUGAUGCUUGUUAAGAAUAAAGAUGUAGUUGUUGUAAUUAAUUUUCACACCAAACUUACAAGUGUUCAUGUCUAUCUUUUGUGCCAUAAAAAGAUGUCAUUAUCAAAAGAUAUAUAUUUCCUUUUGUUUAAACAAGAGAUCAUUCAUAUAGAAGAAAAACUACCCAUAAUAAGACUCUCUAACAUCUAAACGAAUUUAAAACAUCUCUAAAAGAAUUUAGAAUUUUUAAAAUUCUUUAAGAACAAAAAGAAGAUAUUGAAUAAAUUUUUUAGUAUGGAGAUAUUUAGUCUCUGUAUGAAUGUGAAGAUUAUUAUUUUUAUUAAAGAGUUCCGAUUAUUAAGAAUGUAUGCUAUGAAGAUUAAAUUAAACUUAGUGGUAUAGAUUAAGAAGAAGAUAACACAUUUAGAGAAAGGAAUAAUUAAAAUAGUUUAACUUCUGUAGAGUAAUCUAUAAUCGUAAAUUCAUAGUCUAUGUCGAUACAAAACUAAAAAUAUAAAUAGCAAUCAAAGUAAGAAGAAAGCUAAAUUGAGACAUUUAAUAAUAAAAUUAGAAUUUCCUCACGCUUUUUGUCAUAUUAUGAAAAUAUAAAAUAAAACAACAAAGAUGUAACAACCUCACAAGAAACGGAAAAGGAUUAUGAUUAAAGCCCAUUAAUAAAAAAUAAUAUUGAUUAAGAGUAAAAAAAGCUUAAAUAGAAUUAAAAUGUAGAUGAAGAAUUAUAAAAUAAGCAGAAAAAUGUUGAUUUUGGCAUCUCUCAAUUAAACUAAGAGUUAAAAUUACCAAUUUAGAGCUCAUAAUAAUUAGUUAAAUAUCAGUAAAGUAUUAAUAAAGUCAAUUCACCAAAAGGAAAUAAUAGAAUUAUGAUUUAGGAAAUAUCUAAUUUAGAAAGAAAAAUAAAUGUUUAAAAUCAAAUAAACUAAGAAGAUGACAUCGAAACUUUAGAUGUUUUUGUUAAUUAUUUUGAUAAAAUGAAAGAAUAUAAAAUAUAUUUUCCUCAUAAUAACUACAAUUUAGUUAUUUCUAGUUUUAAAAAAGCUUACUCUAACCAAUAGAAAUAAAAAUAAUAAUAAUUUAAAAGGAGAUAAUCAAAUAAAUUUAGAUAAUUUAGCAAAAAUACUUCUACUACUUUUAGAAAUAAUAACCACUUAAGUAAUAUUUCUUGA